CCGAUUUUAUCAUUCCGUUUUCGUUUUUCGGAACGCAAGUGCGCUGUAGUAUAGGGCCCAUUGUAAUAUGAGGGAUACAUUCGUCAACGAAUAUAGAUUAUACUCUCUCCUGUAAACUUUGAGGGAGUACAGUACAGCCAUAGUGCAGGAUACGUGUAUUUGAAAGUGGAGACCCCGACGCAACAUUAUGUAUAUAUAUAGGGUCGUUCUUCCGAUAUAAUUAUUCUUUGGAUACUCCGUGAUCUACGUAACAAAUUUGUAAUUGCAGUAUUUGAAAAUUCUGAAGUGCUGUUUAAUCACUCAUCUUUAUGUGAAAUAAGAUAAAAAGUAGAAAGAAUGUUAAAAAGAAACAUUCAUACAAGAGAAAAGCAUAAAUCAGCAACCAGGCAAGAACUAAAAAAAGAGAUGAAGUUAAUUCAAAAUUUCAUUGAACAAGAGUCAAAAUCUAGUUUGAUUUUACCAUUACCUGCAGACGUAUCCCAGCUGACAAGAGAAUUAACAGAAUUAGAAAUAUCCGACAAAGAUUUUGACGAACUUCCUGAACUAUUAAGUUUACUAGCAAAUUUGAAGAAAUUGAUUAUCCAUAAUAAUACUUUACAGUCAUUACCCAAUGUUAUUGGAACAUUAGAAAAUUUAUGUAUUAUAAAUUUAAGUCAUAAUAGAAUUGCUGAACUGCCUGAUGAGAUUAGCAAAUUAAAAAAUCUACAAGAAUUAGAUUUAAGUUUUAAUCAGUUGGAGGAUUUGCCCAAGGCAUAUUCAAAACUACAACGAUUGCGAAUACUGAAUGUUUCAAACAACAAUUUCAAAUGUCUUCCCAAAUGUGUUCAGAAUGGUAUGGGAACCUUAAGGGUUCUAAACAUAUCAGAAAAUCCAAAGGUCAGAAUAAAUGUUACACCAUACAGUAAAUACUUGGAAAGAUUUUAUGCGAGUGGAAAUGAAAAUUGUUGUAAAUUUCCUGAUUGGCUUUUAAAGCACAAAUUCUUCCAUUUGAAAGAAUUCGAUCUAAAUAAAACGAAGUUUGAUGUUUAUAGUUUUAUUGGAAAUGAAGGAAAAUUGUAUUAUACAUCAAUUUCAAUGGGAUGUUCAAAUUUAUCAAGUCCUAUUUUGGAGAUGAUAGUAGAAAACAUGACAAAUCUUGAAAUUAUCAAUGUUGGAAAUGAAAACCAAUCUGAGUCUGGUAAUAUUUUUAGCAGUAUACCUAUUAAUACAUUGAAAAAUCCAGGACUCAUAACGGAACUGAAUUUUCGUGCGACUAGUUUAUCUACUAUCCCAGCAGAAAUCAAGCUAUUGUGUAAUUUGAAAAAAUUGGAUAUUGGUCUUAAUGUUAUACCUUGGUUUCCUGAAGAAUUUUGUGAAUUAUUGAAAUUAGAAUCUCUAAAAAUGGAUGGAAAUGAUUUUAUUUUAUUUCCUGAAUGUUUUGGAAACUUAAAGUCACUAAAAGAAAUAAGAGCAGAAAAUAAUGAUUUAUCAAAACUACCAGAAUCCUUUGAACAUUUGAAAAAUCUUGCAAUCAUUGACAUGUAUAAUAAUAAGUUUGAUGAAUUUCCAAAAGUACUUGACGAAAUUACCAAUUUAGAAGGUUUAGAUUUCGAUUUGAAUUUUUUUUCCACAGAUGAUAUAAUGAUUGGGCAUAUGUCAUAUUCAAUCCUUCGAAGGUCAUAUAUAUCUCUAAUACAAGAAAUGUCAGAUAAAAAUUCAAACUUCAGAAAUUCUGGCAUCAAAAUUCAACCGUCCACAGAUAGCGAUUCUGAUGACAACUUGAAAGCAUAUCCAAGCGGUUAUUCUAGUGAUGAUGCAGAAAACAAUGUAAUUAUCUCUAUUGAUGUAAAAAAUGAUCCAGAUGAUAAUUGGGAAUCUGUUCAAGAUUCAGAUGACAACUAUAAACCAGAUGAUCCCCAAGAUUAUUAUCAUCAUCGAGAAGGCUCCCAAAAGUUUUUACCUCCAUUACCAGAUGCAUUUUGUCCUGCUGACUUGCAUUCAAAUAAAAUUAAAGCAGAGGUUAAAUCAAUGCGUAUACAUGGUUCAUUGCCAUCAUUUGAAAUAGAACAAGGACAAUUUGACGAUGCUUGAUGUGUCUUGCAUUAUUCAAUAUUUUGAAACUUGCAUAUUUUUUUUAUGCUAUGACAAAGACUAUAUUGACAAUAAUUUUAGAAAUUGACUUGUAAAAAUAUUGUAUCCAUAGUACAACUAUAAGUACAAUUAACUUUUUUCACAAAAGAUCUCUUUAAUUAUAAUGAAAAAUCAUAUUAGACAAUUAUAAAUAUAAUGAAAAUUGACGAAAUAAGAAUGAAUUGAAAAAUUAAUAAACUUGUAUAGAAAUCUA